CUUUCCCCGGCUCAGGCCCCGCCUCUUCCUGUCCCCGGCUUCCGUUUUCCAGGCCCAAGACCCAGGUGUUGCCUGGUGCCAUGUCAGCCUUGCGCGGCGCUGUCCACGCCAAAUGGAUCAUCGGGAAAGUCAUCGGGACCAAGAUGCAAAAGACGGCAAAAGUGCGCGUCACACGACUGGUGCUGGACCCCUAUUUGCUUAAGUUCUACAACAAGCGCAAGACCUACUUUGCGCACGACCCGGAGCAGCGCUGCACGGAGGGGGACAUUGUGCUGCUGAAGGCCCUCCCCGAGCGCCGCAGCCGGCAUGUCAAGCACGCCCUGGCCGAAAUUGUCUUCAAGGUGGGCCGGGUGGUGGACCCUGUGACAGGCCAGCCCUGCGCGGGGACCCGGCGGGCCGAGGAGGGGCUCCAAGACGGCCCCGAGAACCUCACCCAGAGAGACGCUUCCUGCCUCAGCCAGAAGCUGCGCGACCUGGCUCUCGGUCCCCCCACGGACAAGUGAGCAGAGGCUUCCCUGGUCGUUUUCUGUGAUGGACAAUAAACCCAAACCCAUUUCUG